GGGCUGCAGGGCUGGGAGGCUGGGGGCCUGGACUCCUGGGUUUGAUGGUAGCGGGGCCUGCAUUCCUGAGUCUGAAGGAAGAAGGGCUGGGGACCUGGACUCCUGGGUCUGAGGGAGGAGGGGCUGGGGGCCUGGACCCCUGGCUCUGAGGGAGGAAGGACUGGGGAGCUGGGGGGGCUGGGGGCCUGGACCCCUGGGUCUGAGGGAGGAGGGGCUGUGCUCCUGGAGGAGCUUGGAGUUGGGAAUCCUGGGUUUGAGGAGAGUGGCUGGGGUCCAGAAUUACGGACCUCCUCCCCCUCCAGGGGGCAGAAUCCGAACUUUGGACGCAAAAGGUAUUGAGCUUCAGUACCCAUGCUGCCAAAGUGAAGAUGGACUGGGUCGCCAGGGGUGGAGAGGCCAGGCUGGGGUUUCAGGGCGCGAUUCUGAGUUUUGGAGUGAUGGGGUGUGGUGUUCGGCGCGGAGGUGGGGACAGGGCUGGGGCGUGGCCCGGGACGUCCUGAGCUGGGUUCGGAAGCCAACGGGGUGUUUCCUCUGCCUGCUUGGGUCUCCGGCGGCUCAUUCCUGAGCUCUGACCUCAGGCCACGGCUGGGGGCUCGGAGAGUGGGGACUGACCCCAACCCUCCAGGUGGUCCGCGCGCUAACUCACCUUCCAGGGGAGGCUCCCCGAGGCCCCGCCCUCUGCCUCCUGGGCGCGCCCCACUUCCUCCUAACGGGUCAGGGGAACGGGAGGCGGCAGACUCCUGCGGGGCACCUCCCAGGUGGCCCGGGAGGCUCCGCUCCGGCCGGGGGAGACCAGCCCUCCGGGUGGUGGCGGAAGGUGUGGCCACUGUCUUCGAACUGGAUUCCAAUACUGUGCAGUUUCCCGCCGCCACCCCUACCCCGAGAUGCCAGGCGUGCGCAAGGCGAACCCAGGGGUCCAGCCCUUUUCCAGGUGUCUGACCCAAUCCGCCUCCAGGACCGAAUCUCUUUCUGGUGGGGGCCCUCCGCCAAGACCGCUGCCAUGCCGGUGACGGUAACCCGCACCACCGUGACAACCACCAUGUCGUCGUCCUCCGGCCUGGGCUCCCCGACCAUCGUGGGGUCCCCUCGGGUGCUGACCCAGCCGCUGGGCCUCCUCCGCCUGCUGCAGCUGGUCUCCACCUGCGUGGCCUUCUCGCUGGUGGCCAGUGUGGGCGCUUGGACGGGGCCCAUGGGCAACUGGUCCAUGUUCACCUGGUGCUUCUGCUUCUCGGUGACGCUCAUCAUCCUCAUCGUGGAGCUGGGUGGGCUCCAGGUCCGCUUCCCGCUGUCCUGGCGCAACUUCCCCAUCACCUACGCCUGCUACGCCGCCCUCUUCUGCCUCUCCUCCUCCAUCAUCUACCCCACCACCUACGUGCAGUUCUUGUCUCACGGGCGCUCUCGGGACCACGCCAUUGCCGCCACCGCCUUCUCCUGCAUCGCCUGUAUCGCCUACGCCACCGAGGUGGCCUGGACCCGGGCCCGGCCCGGCGAGAUCACCGGCUACAUGGCCACCGUGCCCGGCCUGCUCAAGGUGCUGGAGACCUUCGUGGCCUGCGUCAUCUUCGCCUUCAUCAGCGACCCGGUGCUAUACCAGCACCAGUCGGCCCUGGAGUGGUGCGUGGCCGUGUAUUCCAUCUGUUUCAUCCUGGCAGCCGUGGCCAUCCUGCUGAACCUCGGCGACUGCACCAACGUCCUGCCCAUCGCCUUCCCCACUUUCCUGUCGGGCCUGGCCCUGAUCUCCGUCAUCUUCUACGCCACGGCCCUGGUCCUCUGGCCGCUCUACCAGUUUGACCAGAGGCAUGGCGGUCAGCCGCGCCGGCAGAUGGAUGUCAGUUGCAGCAGAAGCCACACCUACUACGUGUGUUUCUGGGACCGCCGGCUGGCCGUGGCCAUCCUGACAGGCAUCAACCUGCUGGCUUACCUGGCCGACCUGGUGUAUUCGGCCCGCCUGGUUUUCGUCAGGGUCUGAGCCUCGUCCCCGGAGUGGGGGUCUCCCUAAUUCCCCCUUCUCCCCGGAGGCCCUUCCGCAGAGCUCUGGGCUCCUGCCGACUUUUCUCACAUCCCUCCCAGCCCUUCCUGCGCCCUUGUCUGUGUCCCUCAGGCCUCCUCCUGCGUUGCCUCCCUUCCUGUUCUGUUUGGGAGCCACAUCCUGUUUCACUCCUGCCUGCUCUGGUCUCCGACGUUCUCUGCUUUGAGGCUCUCUUCUCUUUUCAUCCUGUGUGUUUCCGCCUCUGCCUCCUUUCCUGACCCCUUGGGAGUGCUGAGCCUUCUUCCUUCUCAGCCCCACCAGCCCCCGCCUCCCACCUCCAAAGGUGCUGAGCCCCACAUCACACACCCCCUUUUGCAGCUUUUCAUACCCGGGGCCUCUGGAGGGGCCUCCUUGCCAAAGCAUGCCUGCCCGCCCUGGCUGUGCCUUAGUUGAUGUGUGUGUGUGUUGUGUGUUUGUGUGUGUUUCGGGGGGUGGGGGGGGUAGUUAGGAAUCAAGCCCCCUUUCUCCCAGUGGGGGUGGGGGGUAUGUACACUGUUCCUCCCCUUUAAGUUAAAAAAAGAAGAAAAAAACACUCUGGAGGUCAAUAAUUCCCAGUGGGCUGGAGGCUUAAAGCAUAGACCCUGGGUCCCUAGGCCCCACCUGGUGCUCAGCCUCACCUGAGAUUGGCUCCAGAAUUUUUGCCAGGCUUAUUAAAAACCCACUGCCUAGAGGCCAUCUUAAAGGAAGCAAGGGAUGGACGCAUUCCAUCCCAAAGACACUCUGAGUUAUUGGAGGGAGCUGGCAAAGAACUGCAGGGUCUUGAAGACAACUGUCUCAAGUAUUUGUGAGGGACAGGGAGGUGGCCCUCCAGCUUCAAUGUUAAAAAUAGUAUCUCCUGACUUUGCUGGGAAGAUAAGAAAAUGGCCACUGCCAGCCUUCAAGGUGAUGUUAGCCUGGGUUUUUUUUUUUUUUUCCUGGUCACAAGGGCAACAAUCACUGGCUGGCCCUGUUCUUAAAAGGGAAGUUUCUUUUCAAAUUUUUUUUUCUGGAGGGUAGGGUGGGGGGGAUGGGGAUUGCUACUAUGCCAUGGUCGAAGGAAUCGCAUUGCAUUGCUUCAGUGUGUGUGGUACACACACAGGUGUGUUUCUGUGUGCUCAUUGCUUCCUGCUGCAGCUUCCUGCUUCUCUGGGACUCACGUGUAUAACAUGAUCUAUAUAAAUGUAUAAAUAUAUUUUUUAUUUUUUUUUUUUAAUUCCCUGGCGCUCUGGUUCCCAUCGGCCCCUGCUGACAGUCAGUCACAGAGAGAAGCCUUGUCCCUUCUCCCACAUCCAUAAUGUUCAUUCUUUUUUUUUUUUUUUUAAAACCUCAAUAUAAAGAUAAAAGAAAGA